CCAGCGCCCCGAGGCGACGACCCGGCAGGCGAGGCGCCGUCAGUCCUCGGCUGGUGUGACUACAGGGGAUGCGCGGAGGGCUUCGCGGCCUGGGAUCGCUUCGUGGACCACUUCCUGCUGUGCCACGGCCCCGCACUGCAGAGCCAAAGGUGUCCAGUCUGCCUGCUCAAGCACCAGGAGCCGCACACGGAGUUCGACUACGCAUGUCUGCGCUGCCCCGCUCGGUUCACGGCAGAGAGCGGGCUGCGUUAUCACGUGAUCAGCUUCCACCGCGGCAAGAAGGCGUCCUCGCUGCCGGACUCGAGGAGGGCGACCAGAGAAGUAGUCGGCUGGUGCACCUUCGGGCGCUGCGCGAUGCCCUUCCAUUCCUGGAUGGACCACGUCACGCAUCAGGGGAUCACUCACCUCAGCGCGGCAGAGAGGAAGGCCACGUGCCACCUGUGCCUGGAGAUCUGUCCGGGCGGCGGACUGGAGGCCCACCUCGAGGCCCACCAUCGCGGCGACGUGGAGUGCUCCCUGUGCGCCGCCCACUUCCUUGGCGUCGGCGGCCUCGCGCGCCACAAAGAGGACUUCCACCGCCUCACGCCGGACGGCAGGGCUCCACCUCAUGUUCAUGCCCCUGUCCGGGCCGCCGUCGUGGGACGGUGCACCGUCAUGGGGUGCAGUUCGGUGUUCGUCAGCUGGAAGGAGUUCGUUCUCCACUUCGAAGCCCAGCAUAUGAAGAAUUGUUCUGCUCACAGCCGUUUGUGCCAUCUGUGCCUGUCAUGUCUUCCUAACGAUGAAGCGGCUCGGCUCCACCAAGCGAAGCACGCCAGGAGCGUGGCACACUGUUGCAAGAAGUGCUCGGCGCGGUUUUGGAACGGCAAGCGUCUCAAUGCACACAUCAGCCACUUCCACAGAAUGGUUUGAAAGUCUCGCAUGCCACUCGCUCCGCUGUGAGAAAAAUGUACGGUAUUCGUCGUUAAUUUAUUAACAGGAUUUGCCGUACUUAAAAGUACGGU